CUUCAUUCCUUCCAUCAAACGCUUUACCAAUACAUCACGAACCAGUCAUUACGAAACAGGCCAGAUUCGAUAGUUAUUCUAUUGAUUAACCCGAUCGACACUGGACUAAUAACACAACUCGGCAUCAUUCACACGCAAACAUGAAGAUUCGCUCUUCUCGCAUCUCCGUCUCAAUAGCAAAGGCAAUAUGCAAACGUCACGGCUCUUCAAAAAUAGGCCUCAUCAAAGCCAUCAACGCCUUUUUCCGCCUCUUCAAACUCUUCCUCUCGCGCUAUCGCUCCGUCGAUUUUCUAGCGCUGCGAAAAGAAGUCUGGCAAAUUGACGAAGACGAGUAUCACGUUUCUUUCGAGGCCGACACCAAAGACUCGCUCGUACCCAUCGGAGAUUUGGGGUAUAGCGGUUCUACUUUCUUCACCACAGCGAAUGAGAAGUAUCUCAUAAAGUCGCUGCCCAGACGCUUCGAGCAUGAUUUCUUCGCCAAGGAACUACUGGACCCGUAUGUUGGACACAUGAAAAAUCAGCCGCACAGUUUACUCGUUCGUAUCAUGGAUCUUGUUUAUGCACCGCACAAGUCCAUCGGUGGAAUGCUCGGUGCUGCGCCUACGCAUCACAUUGUCAUGGAGAAUUUGCUCUUCGGGAAGCCACAUGGUGAACAAGGCAAGACGUGGGAGACGUACGAUCUCAAGCCAAACGACUACUUCUUCCCGGAACGAGAUAUCGCAAACGGUGCUCUGGUGCCGGAUAGUGUGAUAGACCGUCUCGUUGACGAGUUCCCCGACAAGGUCCGCGUCACACGCCAGGCCAAAGACGAGCUUCUCUCCCUCCUCUUCGCAGAUUCAGCACUUCUAGCCUCCCACAACGCAGUCGACUACUCGCUAUUCCUCGUGCGGUACCCCGUAGGUAUCGAGGUGCCAGUUGUGGAAUCCGAUGCGGGAAAUUGGCGGCGAGGAGUGGAUGAUGUGGAAGGAAAGUGGGCGUACCGAUGUGUCCUGCUUGACUUUUUCUGGACAAAGCAUGCGUUCCAAGCACGAGCGUUGACAAAGGUUGUCAAGAUCUUUAACAAGAUUGCUCACAAGGGGCCUAUGAGCAUUACUGCUGAUCCGGCCGAGUAUAGGGACAGGUUUAUGAAUAUGGUGGACGAGAUGGUCGUCGCGGGGUGAUGCGGUUGUCUUCGCGCUGAUAUUACUACGCGAAGCACGGAGUAGGGAAGGGCUUUCUUUUUGUUUCGGUGAUACCUGAUAUUCUCUCGGAUUAAUGAUUCUAUGGAGUGACUCAUACGAUAUUUCCACAAGACUUGCGUAUUGAGGCUGAUUGUUGACCCAUCGAUUGAUGUGGUGACAGCUUCACGAGACGGACUGCAAGUUCGUGUAAUACAAAAAUAGUAGU